AUGUCACCAAACUUCAAUGAGACUCAUUAUUGUCUAGUGGAUAAUGUGAUCGUCGAGGCUCAAGGCGAUAUGGAAGCCAUACUUGCAAAACUGAGGAAUAUAUGGUCUAUAAGAAAGACAGUUGAUGAGUCGGGACAUGUUUACAAAAUCGGUGACUUCAUAGUACGAAUAGCAAACUUAAAACACAAUGAAAACUACAACGGAAUCUUUAUCGAGACUGAGUACCUUGCAACAGUUCACCCAUAUGCAUCUGCAUCUCUCCUUAACGAGUUUAUUUCUUUAAUAACGCCUUCCAAGGCAGUCAUAGAGAAGUGGGAACCUCAAUCUGAACAAGGAGGCUCGUAUGCCAGUGUUGGGUUAAGCGAGACAGAGUUUACUGAUACACAUAGAGCAUAUCAAAUACUGAUGUUGUUAAAAAAGGAAAACCUGCUGUGA